AAAAAUCACAAACCAAUUAAAACAUUUAAAAAUUUCUUCUUAAGCCAGCCUGGCUUGCUGGAAAAAGUGGGUUUUAAGGGCACGGCGGAAGGCACUGAGGUCUUGGAUUCUCCUUAUCUCUGGGGGCAACUGAUUCCAGAGGGUAGGUGCCCCCACAGAGAAAGCCCUCCCCCUGGGGGUCACCAGCCUACAUUGUUUGGCUGAUGGCACCCUGAGGAGGCCCUCUCUGUGGGAGCGCACGGGUGGAUGGGAGGUCGGUCGUCGGUAGCAGCAGGCGACAUGCCAAAGUCACGGCCAGCGAUUUCUCAGAAGCCUCCGUCCCCUCGGGCGGGGAUCCUGCCCCUCCCUGCCACGAGGGGCGUGGGGAGGCGGCAGCUCAAUGGGAGGGGGUGUAGCCAGCGCCAGCAUAAGCGGGGCUUUAUAAGGGGCCGUCCCGCCCGAGGCUGGCAAGUCUAGAUUCCUGGAGAGCACCAUGGCGAUAGGCACAGCACUUCUGGGGCUCCUCGCUUUCUUGCUCGGCUGCUCCGGCACCUCUGCCGAACCCCAAAACUCGGAGCGCUCCGCCAUGCGGAAGUGCGUCCUGACUGGCAACUGGGUGAGUGACCAGGGCUCCAAGAUGGUCAUUUCCGACAGCAAUAAUUCCGGGGUGUUCAGCGGCUCCUACCUGACGGCCAUGGCUGCCACCGACAACCUCAUCCGGCCAUCCCCUCUUCAGGGCGUCCAGCACCAGGUGGACCAGCGGGCCCAGCCCACCUUCGGCUUCACCGUCAACUGGAGUUUCGCUGAGUCCACCGCUGUCUUUGCGGGCCAGUGUUUCCUGGAUGAGGAUGGAGAGGAGCAGCUGAAGACCACCUGGCUGUUGCGUGUGGAGGUGGGAUCCGUGGCAGAGGACUGGGGGGCAACCCGGGUUGGCACAGACACUUUCUACCGCACCAAGUGAGAAGGUGAAGAGAGCCAGGCUUCCGUGGUUUCUGCCUUGGGGGGACGGUGGGGGGCAAGCCUUCCUACCUCACCCAUCAGCCAGUCUUCUCCAAUAAAAUGUUUUCCUGAGCA